AUGCAUCCAAGUCAAGAGGGUCUUGAACACGCUGAAUCCUUUGAAGGAGUAUCUAAAAACUCAAAAAAGGAUAGCUACCGAUCUAAAGAUAAGCAGAGCAUUAACUUGGCGUUCACUGAAGCAACCAUGUCCUCACAUCCAUAUUCAGUUGCAGAUUUUCACCUCGUGACCGACGCCUCCGACCGGAAUGUGGUGGUGCGCUCUACCUAUACUCUUGGCGGUUCUUCGAGAGCUCUUCAGAGAAGUAUUCCCUGCGCAAAUUCCGCCAAAAUGGACUACAUAACACAAUUCACAAGUGAUGUGCGCUACGUAAAGGGAGCAUACACCCUCUGUCGCAUUGGCAUGGUUUGUGUUGUACCCGACGGCGAAAUUGAUUACCAGGCCAUAGCAGAAGCACAGGAACUUAAAUGCAGUCAACUCACCCAGUUCAUGAUUUGGAAAAUCCAGGCCUGCAUGCGUCCAGAAAAGCAAUCACAGGCCGAUUCUCCUGGUCAGGAAUGCAAGCAGACUAAAGCCUGUCCAGCUUGCCAAGAGUAA